UUGACCCUUGACCUGUAAACAAGUUUAGGCACGAAAUGCGGAAGUAUGUCAGCACUUUGCAAGAGGAAGUUAACAUUUAGUUCUGCAUACGAUGGUUCCUUUAGCCUUUUAUUACUUCCGUGAAACACUUAAACACAGUUACGUGCCUAAGACCACCUGUUGGAUCAUUGCUAUGGGUAAGGUUGUCCAUUUUGGUGUGUGGAUUGUCCUAGCAAUCUUGGCGGUUUGUGUUGAAAGCAUGGGCAGCCCACCUGGUGAAUCUGAGUUGACCAUUAUCACCAGGGCACAAUGGGGCGCGAGACAACCGAAGUCACGUGCCAACCUGACGUCACCUGUACCUUACGUCAUCAUCCACCACAGCUAUGAACCAGACGUGUGUCUGAACAGGUCCCAAUGUGAGAAGUAUGUACGGGGUAUACAGAACUUCCACAUGGACACGCGAGGUUGGGAUGACAUCGGCUACAACUUUCUAGUCGGCGGGAACGGCGACGUGUUUGAAGGGCGGGGGUGGGGAGUGAAGGGCGCCCAGGCCGGGCCGGACUGGAACAACCGCUCCAUCGGAAUUUGCUUCAUCGGGGACUUCACCGACAAGCUGCCCCCGAAGGAGGCCAUUACGGCAGGGAAAGCGCUGAUCCAGCUUGGCGUGGACAAAAAAAAGUUGGUGGCAAACUACACCCUGUACGGUCAUCGUCAGGUCCGGCCCACUGAGUGCCCUGGGAACGAGUUUUUCAACCUGGUCACUCACUGGGACCACUGGGAACCAAGAAAUUACACCGCUGAGUAACCUGUUUCCUCCAUACAUGCCAAAGACCGCAUUUCUUGUUUCCUUUCGACUGAUGAAUGAGUCAUAUUUUCAUGUUUAUUUGUUUCAAGAAAUUUGUUUUAAAACCUGUAUUUUUAACUGUAAUGGUAAAUGUGAUUUCAGGUUUGGUACAUGACAUGUGUAUUUUACGAUCCCAGAGAAAACCAUACCUGUACGAUCUAACGUUUCAUCUCACCAUACCGGUAAAAGGAAAGAAAAUUAUAAUGCAUAUUUCUGUAACUACCUGUGACGUUUGUUAAGAUAGAUAUAACUUUAUUGCACAACAAUUGUACGAGGUACAAAGUAUGGCAUCUACAUAACUACAGUUCUAUAGCUUAACUUAAGGCUUAUCUAACUAAUAAAGUUGUAGUAUUAGAUACGUUUCUUACAUUCAUUGGACGCUUUUACAAUCAUUUUACGAAUUUCUAAUGUCUUAACCUUCUUUGAUAUAUUUUCCUAUAUCUGCCAUGCAGGGAUUGUCACAUGUCAUGAUGUAUUUGAAUUUGCACUUCAGGUCCAUUGAGAUAAAUCCUUGUGUAUAAGAUGACAGCCUUCUGUAUAGAGAAUUGCGUAUAAUUUUAUCAGAAUAUUUGGGACAAACAACCAUAAAGUGAUAUUCGUCUUCAAUUGACUCUGGACAGAAUGGAAAAACCCUCUAUAUCAAACAAAAUGUUCUGAUUAUACAUCGCAAAUUUGAUAAGAGGAGACUUUUUCAUAUUGUUUAAUAAAGAAGGCGUGUAGUCUCA